AUGGCUUUCAUGGAGACUUUGCUAUCUCUAAUUUCUCUACUCUCAAGUGUUUUCCUCCUACAUGCCAUUGUUGAAGGUCCCAAGACCAUCAUGCUAAGUCUCAUUCACCCAUUCUCCCCUCACUCACCUUUCUAUCCAGGGAACAUAACAGAUAUUGAGAAGAUUGAUCUACUUAUUCAGGGCACAGAAGGACGUAUGCAUCAUCUAUUCUCAACGAUGAGAGAACAAAACUGGAAUGGUAGUAGUGAGGUUGAUGACAUAGUGGCACCAGUGCAAUAUACUGGUAGUUUUUUCUAUGUAGCCCAGGUAGGUAUAGGUUCAUUUCCACCUUUUCCUGGCCAAAAGGGGCUGCCAUAUUUCUUGAUGGUUGACACUGGAAGUCCAUUAACAUGGGUUCAAUGUAAAGGUUGCGAUCCUUGCAUUCCCCUACAGCAAUCCGAUUUCCCAUAUAACACAUCUCAGAGUUACAGGCCUAUUCCUUGUGGUGAUCCAACCUGUCCAUUUCCAAACCUUGAUUGCUUUCAAUCAUUUUGUGGAUUCAGAAUAAGUUAUGGGGGCAACCCAGCACCCUUAACAGUGGGAGCCAUUGUAAGAGAGACCUUAACCUUCCCUUCUGAUUUUAGAGGCACGGAAUCUUACAACAAUUUAUUCUUGGGUUGUGCCUUUAAGAACUACAACCAUAACUUUCGACAACCAAAUAAAAUUGGUGGGAUUUUGGGCUUAGGGUUUCCAGGCACUCAUACUUAUCCCUUCUUGAACCAAGUAGGCAAAAAAUGUUUCUCUUAUUGCCUAUCUACCUCUGAACACACAAAUUCUCAGUUAUAUAUUGGAGAAGGUGCAAAGAUGGUAGGACCACAAGUGCUUUCGACACCAUUGCUGAGAGGAUUACAAGAACAACUAUACUAUGUGGACUUGCAGGAUAUUAGUAUCCAAAAUAUUCGCCUUAGACUACAGGCAUCCUUCUCUAGGGGUUCUGCCAUAGAUACAGGAUGUCCGAUGACUAUACUUGUUUCUAAUGUUUAUACUCGUGUGAGAAUUGGCUUUGUUCAAUACUUCGCACAGUUUCAUAUUCAACCAUUCAAUGAUGGAAAUAAACCAAGAGAUGUGCCAAUGUUAGAUCUCUGCUUCCCUAUCCCGUCCGAUUUUAAUAGGUAUCCAACUAUGACGUUCCAUUUCAGAGGAGCUGACCUUGUUGUGCAACCCACUGGUAUAUUUAUUGUAGGGAGAGAUUAUGUUUGCGUUGCACUUGAAUCAGGUCCUGUUACAAUGAUUGGAGCUUUUCAGCAAACGCAAUACAAGUUCUCCUAUGAUUUGGAAAUGGGAGAUAGAGAACAAGGAGUAAAUGGUGCUCUUCGCUUUUCUCCUCAGAAUUGUGGGUCCCCUGCUUAA